AUGGCAGCUCGCGCCUUGUGGGCUCUCGUGUCCUGUGUGGACGAUCUCCAAAAGCACUACCAAGAUCUCAUAAACGGUCUGACAACUCCCAGUAAAUUCACCAAUGGACUUUACCCGCGGUUUCCAGAAAACAUCACAUAUUUGCAGAGAAUAGGAACAAAAAAUCUCUGGCUCGCCGAAAUGGAGGGUAAUCAAUCUCGAUAUGUUGUUAAAUUUACACGACAGUACGGCAAAGUUGUCCAUGAGACAUGCUCAGAACUUGGGUUCGCUCCUAAACUAAGGUACUUUGAGGCGAUUUAUGGGAGCUGGAAAUUGGUCAUCAUGGAUUACUUGGAAGGGUAUUCUCAUCUUAAAAGCCCCUCAGGUGCCGAUUGUGCUAACAAAAAGCAAAGCGUUUUGAAUGCAAUUAGUGCAUUUCAUAAUAAAGGUUUUGUCCAUGGAGAUCUUCAUAGCGUGAAUAUUCUUUUUGGAUCAACUGGUGAUGUGAAGUUUAUCGAUUUUGAUUGGGCUGGAAAGGACGGCGAAGCUCGAUAUCCAGAAAGCCUGAAUCCCCAGAUCAACUGGCACAAGGAAGUUGGGCUCCACAAGCCCAUACGUUCUAGUCAUGAUCUCCACCUUGUGGAGGUUACCUUCAGUCCCCCAAUUGAAACUGUCAGGAGGAGUCUUUGCGCGUGGAACAGAACAUACUACAAUCCUGAAAAAAAACAAAGUUUGUUGUUUCUGGUUCAUUUCUUCUGCUAA